AUGAAGGUGGUCGGCCUGCUGAGUGGCGGCAAGGAUUCGUGCUACAACCUCGUGCACUGUGUACAGCAGGGUCACGAGCUGGUGGCGCUAGCAACGCUCGCACCGCCAGGGUCCAAGGAUGAGCUCGACUCGUACAUGUACCAGACGGUCGGACACGACGCAGUGCACCUCGUCGCUGCUGCCAUGGGUCUGCCGCUCUAUCGUCGCGAAAUCAAGGGCACUGCAGUCAACCAGCGCUCAGAAUACGGCUCGCGCGCGCCCUCCUCCUCCUCGUCCGGCACCCACGGCGAGGCUCUGGACGACGAGACGGAGGACCUUUACCACCUGCUGCGCGACGUCAAGGCAGCCCAUCCCGACGUGGAGGCCGUGUCGGUCGGGGCGAUCCUGUCGAACUAUCAGCGCGUGCGCGUCGAGCACGUGGCGCUGCGGCCUGAUAUCGGCCUCACGCCGCUGACGUUUCUGUGGCAGCGCGACCAGGCGCAGCUGUACGCCGAGAUGCUCGAUGCCGGGCUCGUCGCCGUGCUCAUCAAGGUCGCCGGCAUCGGGCUGGACGAGCGCGACUUGGGCAAGACGCUUGGUCAGAUGCAACCCAAGCUCACGAGGCUGGCGGCCAUGUAUGGCGCGCACGUUUGUGGCGAGGGCGGCGAGUACGAGACGCUCGCCAUCGACUCGCCGCUGUUCAAGCAGCGCAUCGAUCUGCGUGACGUCGAAACCGUCGUGCACUCGGACAGCGGAUUCGGAAGCGUCAGCUAUCUGCGCCUCAAGAACGCCGUGCUCGUGCCCAAGGAUGCCGACCAGUCCAAGGUCGAGGCAACCACACCGCCUCUGCUCGAUGCGCUGGGUGAACGCACACUCGCUGCAGCACGUGCGGCGUACAAAGACGCAGCGUCGACAGAAUCCGGGAUCCAGGAGCUUACUGCCAAGACUGCUGAGCUGCAAGUCGAUCCUUCGGCAUGGGCGUUACCGGCGCCAUCGGUGCGGAGGAAUGGCAGGUACGUGGUGCUGUCCAACAUUACUGGCGUUGGUGCAGCAGAGGUUGAGGACCAAGUGCGUGCCGCGUUCGAUACGGUGCGCAAGCUGCUGUUGACCGAGCGGUUGGGGGUGGAGCACAUUGCGCACGUCAAUCUGUACGUGCGGUCGCAGACGCUGUUCUCGCGCAUCAAUGCGGUGUACCGCGAGCAGUUUGGCGUCUCGCCUCCCACGCGCGCAUGCGUAGCUCUUCCCCUCCCACCAGGCUGCGAGCUGGUGCUGAGCAUCGUUGCAUUCGACACCGCCUCGGUGGCUGGGACGCCAUUCGAUCGGCGCGCGCUGCAUGUGCAGGGGCGCUCGUUCUGGGCACCUGCGAACAUCGGCCCGUAUUCGCAGAGCCUGCUGGUGGCGGAAAAGACCUGGGUGGCAGGACAGAUCGGACUGGUGCCGGCGGAUUUGUCGCUGCCAGAGGAUGAACCGACCCAGGCGGCGUUGAGUGUCCAGCAUGCACGCAGGAUCGUCACGGCCACAGUGAAUGAUUUGGGCGGAAGGAAGGUGCAGCGAGGAUGGGUCGAGGGUGGUGUUUGCUGGAUCGAGCACGGGGAGGAUGUGCAUGCUAGGCUGGAGAUGGCUAGACACGCCUGGCUUGCUCAAAGUGGUGAAGAUGAUGAGGAGGAGGAGGAAGAGGAGGGGUGGAUGGGAAAGACCGAGGGCAAGCAAGUGGGAUUGUUGAUGGUCACCCUUCCUCGUGGGGCGUUGCCUCGAGGAGCAGUGAUCGAGUGGCAACUCACUGCACACACGGGACGAGUUCCACCACCGAUAUCAGCGGUGGAGGUGGACGAGGAUGAGGUGGGAUCGGACUGCGAUGUGCAUGUUGUACGUACGCGUGCGGUGCUAGCUGGCAUGGAGGCUCUUCAUACCGUAACCACGUCCAGCGCGGGACAGAGCUCGUUUGGACUGCUCACCCUUCGCAUCACCUCUGAAGACCCAGUUGACGAUGCUGCGUUUGCACAGUCGAUCGACGCACUCACGAGCGCCUACGCAGUCCACCUCUUCCUACCCCUCCACCAACGCACUUCCCAAGCCCUCGCUGCUCUCCGUUCCAUCCUACCCACCACCGUGCUCGACACCGCACACCAUGUUCCCUGCACAUCCCUGCACACACCCCACCCGACACUGCAACACGUCGACCUCGCACUCGCAUGGCAUGGCAUCUAG